AUCGCGCUUUGAGACAGUCGCAGAUGAGCCUCGGGAAGAGUGCCAGCAGAUGAUGGAAUAAACAACGAGGCAGCCAUGGCAACGUAAUGGAUCGGAGUUUUCCAGAAGAGACAAAAUAAAGGCGUGACCGCAAAUGCCACUUCUCUUUCAACCCCCAAGUUUGACACGAAGAAACCGGUUCAUCAAGUUCAUUCACCAACGACCAUCCACCAGUUCGUUCCCCCAGCAAUGUCUGACGCCCCUGCCGCCCCUGUCACCGAGAACGGCGUGCCUCCGACUGCGCAAGAGUCCCCUGCAGUAGAAGAGCCCGGCUUCAAAGUUUUCGCCGGCAACCUUGCGUAUUCUACCACGGAUGAAGGGCUGAAGACGUUCUUUGAGCCUGUAGAGAGCGAGAUUCUUACCGCCCAAGUGAUCCUUCGAGGAACACGUUCCGCGGGCUAUGGAUUCGUCUCUUUGGCCAGUGCUGAAGCUGCACAGAAGGCCGUCGACCUCCUCAACAAGAAGGAGCUCGAUGGCCGCGAGGUGAUCGUCGAGAUCGCCAAGCCGUCUGAUCAAAAGGACAAGGAAAAGAAGCAGAAGCGAUUCAACAAGAGAAGGCCCGGUCGUCGCGGUAGCAAGGCCGUUCCUGGCGAAGUUAGCGAGGCUGAGGCCAACGGCGAUGCUGAUAAAUCUGCUGCUGAAGGCGCUGCCCCGUCUACUGAGGAGGGUGCUAAGCCCAAGAAGAAGAAAAACAACAAGCGUAAAUCCAAGCGUGCUAAAGCAGCCGCCGCAGGUGAAGGUGCUGAAGCUGGCGAGGCUGCUGCUACCACUGAAUCUGGUGAGGCCAUCAAGAAGCGUACUCGUAAGCCCCGUGCUCCGCGUCCCCAACGUCCCGCUGGCGAAGAUCCUGCCGGAGAGCCCUCCAAGUCUGUCCUGUUCGUAGCCAAUCUCGGCUUCACUAUCGAUGAUGCUGGCCUCGCUGCAUUGUUCACUGAUGCGGAUGUCCACGUCAACUCCGCUCGCAUCGUCCGCCGUCGCUGGGGAAAGCCCCGCAAGUCCAAGGGCUACGGUUUCGUCGACGUUGGAAGUGAGGAGGAGCAGAAGAAGGCUAUCGAGCUCCUUCAAGGCAAGGAUGUUGGUGGUAGGCCCAUUGCUGUCAAGAUCGCUGUCGAUGCCCAACACGAGGAGGCCGAAGCUGAGGCGAAGGCUGACGAAGCCGCUGAGGCUGCUGAGGCCGCGGCUGCUGCUCCUGUCGCUGCCCCUGCAUCCUAAAUGUUUAGACUGGAAUGGCUUCUCUAAUUGCGCAAACAUCCACUACUAUCCCCCGCUCCUGACUAUUCUUCUCCUGCCGUCUUUAGUUUGCGAUUUCGUUCACGCUUUCCGACUGCGAGUGGUGUUUCCUGAUUCCGCUCUGUACUGCUACCUGUGCCUGCAUUUCAUUCUGCGGACUGGUGCCGUUAAUAGUUCAUCGUAUUGUACAGUCGCUCUGUCAAUUUGCCAGUGGCUUUACAUCCUGUUCAUUGUCCACCUC